CUGACAGUAGCCGUGUCUGUCUUUGGAACCACUGGCGAUUGGGUUUAACUACUAAGGGGAUCCCGCGUGUACGAUGUAUUACCUGAAGCUGCCCGUGUUCCUUCUGGUGCCUCUCGUGCUGCUGCGCGUUGUCGCCACCGCCCCAAGCAACAGGUACUUCACCUCAUCUAGCAAGCAGGAAAGCGCGCUCCCGGACAGAGAAGGCUGGCUCGUGCCCGGGAUCGUCUCCAACCCCUUCCUCGGCCUCAUUGGCACGAGGCUGCAGAGAGGGCUCACAUCUGUCAACAGCCACCACAUAGAGAAAAGGAAGUGCAACACGGCUACCUGUGUGACGCAGCGACUGGCCGACUUCCUGACCCGCUCCAGCAACACCUUCGGCACGGUGUACACCCCCACCAACGUAGGCUCCAGCACCUAUGGGAAACGGGAUCUACUGCAGCCUCCCAGCUAUCUGCCUCUCUAGUGAUGCAUGGGUUCAAGCCCACUGAUGUAGGAUAUGCUCAGCUGAAAUGACCACACCACCAUGUAAAGGCCAAUGUAUACUUUUCAAAACAACAAUGAUGGUUAUGUAUCAUUAACUUUAGUUUUUGGUUCUUUUAUAAACUUCAGAAAAAAACAGUGCCUUUUGGUAUGGAAUAAUAAUACAGAAGGAUUUGUUACACAAAUCAGACUAGAGGCUGAGAUACUAGUCUCUGUUCUGUGAGCCUAACUGGUUCAACUCAACAGUAACCCCACAAUGGCAUGUGAAUAAAAUGUAAUGUAAAAAAAAAAAAAGUAAACGGGUGCAUAAGGCAUAUAAAAUACAAGUUUUGUCCUUCUGUUUGUCUGUUGUGUAGGUUUGUUGUUUUUUGUAAUAAAGUUGAAAGAAUUAUGGUUGGUUUCACUGCACAUCAUUAAUAGUUU